GCGUUCUCAGCUCCCUCCCUCUUCUCCGUCUGAAAAACACGGCCUCUCCUGUUCGCAGCUCUCAGAAGAACAAAAGAAGAACCCUUUUCUCUUUCCUUCUGUAUGUUCAAAGAAUCAAAGAGGUAGAGGAGGAGGAAGCGAGAGGUAGAACAAAGAAUAGAAUUUUUGAUCAUUAAGAUUGAACAUGUUCAGUUUCUUGAGUUUAUUGACUUUUUCUUUUUAAUUUCUCCUCCCAGGAGGAGAAGGGUUGGUUUAUCCUUCCCCGGUUGUCUUGUUUUCUCCCUUGAAUGAAUUGGGCCUGAACAUUUUGUUUCUGGAAAUGACCCGUUUGGAUGAUUUGUUAUUGUGAGGUGAUCAGCUUUUUGAUCCCUUAAAUCACGGAGAAAGAGUCCUCUUUUUUUUUAAAAAAAAAAAAAAAUUUAUUUUAGAAAAGAAGAGAAAGAAAGCAAAGGAUCUUGUGGAGAAUAAUUCAAGCAAAAGUUUUGUCCUUAAAAACAGAUGAGUCCCACUUUUGUUGGGAUGAAGAAACAGUGGGCUUUUGACCCCUUUGGCUCCUUUUUUGUUGUUGUUGUUCUUCUUCUCUUUUCUUAUUGUUUAUGGUUAUUUGCUUUGAGAAAACAUCAAAGGAUUCUCUUUAUGAGAAUGGUUGAUGGAUUGAUGACAAAGGUGUUUUGCCCCUGCCCUGAUUGUCGAUUCUCUUACAAGGUUGAAUUUCUUCCAUUUUGUCUUUUUCCUUCCCUGAAAGAAAACAGUUUCUGUAUUGAAGUAUGUUUCUGAUUGAAUGGAUUGAGUUCUGAUUAAAAAGGAAUAAGAUUUUCCAUGGCGCUUGAUUCUUGUCAUGAAUGCAGUGAUUAUAAUUCUAUCCUUAAUUACUCCGUCACUGUUUUUUGCUAUUAUGUUAAGAAAGUAGCUUUCGGAGGUCAAAAUUUGGUUAGAAAUGACUCACUUUAUUUGAAGCUGUUGUGAGCGACAGUUUUAGAAAUACAGCUAGUUUUCAUAACCUUAGCAUCAGUUAAACAAUUACCAGGUUCAUUCCAGUUAUUGAUUACUGUUAUAUCUAUAGACCCAUAAACUUGAAAGUAAACAAUUGCAGAAUUUGAAUUUAUGUUUAUAUGGUGAUGGGGAUGGAGUUUUUAGCUGAGUUUUAUGUAUGAAUGCUUGUGUCUUGUCUAGUAUCAUUAAGCAUUUAAACUGUUUUAAGCUAGCGGGUGGUUUGAAUAACCUUUAGUUUCUCACUGAUCGUUGUUCCAUGUCAAAUAUAUUCUGAGAGUUCUGUUUAGGUAUGUGUACCCUGUGUGCUUUCAGGUUGUGUUGCAAGUGUUUUUUUCCCAAUUGAAGUAAUGAGGAAGUGGAGGAUUUAUUCACAUGUGAAAUGAUACAAUUAUAAUUUUUCUGUUCCAGAGAUAAAGAGUACCUGUACCUGCAAGAUAGAUGGACAAAUAUUCUAGAAGAAGACCUGUAGACAGGCUUGCUGUUCCCAAAAGGGGAGCUGGUCUCAUUUUGAAAGAAACAGUUAAUAACAGAGAGCAAAAUGCUCAAUUUUGCAACCGAAUUGGAUGCAGCAAUAGGCUGAACUCCAUGAAAAGCACUGAAAUUGGCAAAGACAAAGCCAAGUCCUCCAGGCCUUCUUACCGGCCUUUGUCAAGUGGGAAGGAAACAGUUGGAAGUUCCUCUAGGGCAUGUUCUGCAGUGAAAAGUGAUAGAAAAUCUUCAAUAAAUCCUCCAAAAAAGCUAUUAUCUCACCGGGAAACAGAUUCCUCAGAAAGUAGUAGUGUUCAAGAUGAGCCAGAAGUUUCAGAACUUAUACCUCCACCAGGAAAGAUUCAAAGAGGGCUUCACACUGAAUCUGAAGAUUCCAGUUCUAGUGAAGGUUCAGUGAUGGAUGUGAAGAGCACAAGCAUAUCAUCAAACACUAGGUCUAAGAGAAAUUUUCAACGAAGAUCUGGGUUGGGCAAUCAAGAUAGUUUAGCUAGUUCAUCCAUUUCUUCAGUAUCUAGAAGUACCAGCCAGCCCCCAAUUGCUAAUGGAAGCAGGUAUGGUUUGAAAAAUCUAAGAUGUAACUCAAUUUCUGACAUUGCCCCAUCGGGUUGUUCAUCAUCUGAUUCAAGCAGCAGUAAGAGGAAGGAUGUAAUAAAAAAGAGGAACUCAGAUGGAGAGACUAGUUCCUCCUCCAGAGGUAAGAACGUGAGUGGGUCAUCAUGGGAAGGACGAAACAGCAAUUCUAGCCAUAACAUUUCUGUUUCUGAGUCUAGGCGAGGAGGACAUUGGCCUCUGAUGAGGGAUAAUGCUGUUGCUUCUGUUAGGACUAGGAGACCAAGCAAUAGUUAUGGCAGGGCAAGACUUCCCAACCAAGGAAAUGGAAACAUGAACAGUUUAUCAUCACAUGAAUCCACUACAACUAUGCCACAAGUGCCUCAAUCUGAAGUAGCCCUUGACUUGAGUGCUCCUAUCUCUGCAGAAAUUGCAUUGAGUCAUGGUAGCAGUGAGAAUUUGCGCAAUUUGAUGCCGUCUAGUCCUUCAGAAGUUGGCAUUACCCAAUCUGUUAUGAAUCGGGAUGGCUUCCGGCUUUACAACAUGGAUGGGAUUGCAGAGAUAUUGUUAGCACUUGAGAGGAUUGAACAAGAUGAAGAGCUGACCCAUGAGCAAUUACUUGUUCUAGAGACCAGCUUGUUCCUUAAUGGCUUAAACUUCAAUGAUCAGCACAGUGACAUGAGAUUGGAUAUAGAUAACAUGUCAUAUGAGGAAUUAUUAGCUCUAGAAGAUAGGAUGGGUACUGUGAGCACUGCCCUAUCGGAAGAAGCAUUGUCAAAAUGCCUUAGAAGACGCCUCUAUGAGCUAACUCCUGAAGAGUAUGCAACUGUUGACCGUGGAGGACAUAUGGAUGACACCAAAUGCAGUAUUUGUCAGGAUGAGUAUGUUUUGGGGGAUGAAUUGGGAAGCUUGCAAUGUGAGCAUAGGUAUCAUGUGACAUGCAUACACCAAUGGUUACGGUUGAAGAAUUGGUGCCCCAUCUGCAAAGCACCAGCAGAACGUUCACCGCCAUCCUCCUCAACCUUGGAAUCCAGUCGAACCAUUGAAUAGGAUGCCAGUAGGAAACUGACUUCUAUUCUGUACAAAGUUGAUGGCGUCUGUUCAACCUUUUCCCAUGUAUAUACCAAAUCUCAUUCAUGUCAAUAACUAAUAAUCAGGGCACCAUUGGCUCUGUACUGCAUACUUAGUCGCACACAAAAUUCUGAAUCAAAGACAUACAAGUUGCUGCUCUCUUUUGGCAACACCACUUACUUCCAAGACCCCCUCUUUUCUUUUAUUUGACAGAUGCUUCCAAGACUUUUUGGGUGAGCAUCAAGGUGCAAGUAUUCUUUUUCAGUUUUAUCCUUUAGAAAGAUAAUUUAAGUU